AUGGCGUCCCCCAAAGACAGUAUCGAAACAAAAGUCGAACGUUCCGACUACGCUACCAAAGAGCCUAAGGCUGUCCCGACAUACGACCCGAACGCUCCCAUGUCCACCCCCAACUAUGUCCCCGCCAAGGCCGAGGGCCCUGGUGGCUAUGACCAGGGCGCCGAGCUCGGCAACCGCCUCACCCACACUCUCUCCUCCUCUUCGCAGCGGAUACGAGGCCUCGACUUCCCGUCGCUCACGCAGCAGUCGUCGCACCUGAACAACAUCUACCGCGCCGAGACCGCCCAGGGCUACAUCCGUCCCGAUGAGCCGGGACUCUCCCCCAUCCUCACUGGAUCGACGCACCACUCGAUCGCGACGACGUUCUCGCGUCAAAUGACCCAGCUCGCCGACAAGAAGAUUGUCACCUGGACUGAGGGCGACAAGGCCAACCCCUGGAACUGGGGCAAGGCCCGCCGUUGGUUCUACACCGCCAUCUGUGCCAUCUCCGUCGUCCAGGUCGCCUUCAUGUCUGCCAUCGUCACUGGUGACUUUGGCGACCAGAUGGAGUACUUUGGCGUCUCCGCCGAGGUCAUCAACCUCACCGUCACCCUCCCCGUGUGCGGUUUCGGUAUCGGUCCUCUUCUGUGGUCGCCGCUCUCUGAGCUCUACGGCCGUCGUCCCCUCUGGCUCAUCCCCUUCGUCGCCUACAUCGUCCUGAACAUCGGUUGUGCGCUUGCCCCCAACAUUGGCUGUCUUCUCGCGUGCCGUUUCCUCGCUGGAUUCUUCGGCUCUGGUCCUCUCACCCUUGCCGGCGGUACCAUCGCCGACAUGUGGGGACCCUCUGAGCGUGGCUUCGCCAUUGCCAUCUUCGCUGCCGCCCCCUACGGUGGCCCCGUUCUUGGCCCUCUCCUCGGCGGCUUCAUUGGCAAGUACGCCAACUGGCGCUGGCUCUACUGGGUCAACAUGUGCUUCGCUGGCGGUGUCUGGAUUUCGCUCCUCUUCCUCCCCGAGACCUUCGCCCCGAUCCUCCUGAAGCGCCGCGCCAAGAAGCUCCGCAAGGAGACCGGCGACUCUUCCUACGUCACUGAGCAGGAGGUCCUCCCCCGCCCCAUCUCCGAGAUCGUCGUCGAGACCCUUAUCCGUCCCUUCCAGAUGCUCGUUGAGGAGCCCAUUCUUCUCCUGAUGUCGCUCUACGUCUCUCUCGUCUACGGCCUGCUCUACGCCUACUUCUUCUCCUUCCCCGUCGUCUUCGUCGAGGGCUACGGAUGGGACGACGCCAAGACUGGUCUUACUUUCUGCUCCGUCCUCAUCGGUGUCGCCCUCGCCCUACUCGUCACCCCCAUGCUCGAGAAGCGCUACCUCGCCAAGGGCGAGAACGUUACCCCCGAGGACCGUCUCCCCGGUAUGCUUGUCGGUGGCCCCUGGGUUCCCAUCUCGCUGUUCAUCUUCGGCUGGACUGCGCCCCCCUACGUCCAGCCCCACGGCGGAUCGUGGGUCGGACCCUGUAUCUCGGGUAUCCCCUUCGGAUUUGGAAUGGUGCUCGUUUACUUCUCCGCGAACGCCUACUUGAUUGAGGCUUUCCCCGCGUACGUCGCGUCCGCGCUCGCUGCGAAGACUGUUGUCCGUUCCGCAGCCGGUGCCGCGAUGCCUCUCUUCAUUACGCAGAUGUUCCACCGUCUUACCAACGGUGGCGCCUCCUCUCUCCUCGGUGGUCUCGCCAUUGUCAUGGCUAUGAUCCCCUGGGCCUUUGCCAAGUGGGGAGCCCAGAUCCGUGCCCGUUCGAAGCGUGCCGCCGUCUAA